GUUCAUGCCUUCAAGCCUGCUGAAUACUGACAACUUUCCUGCACCUUUUACAUUGAUUUGGUUGUUAUUCAGUCGUGACGCUGUUGCACAUGGCACUGCAUAUCCGGUGGAUCAAUGAAAUUUGAGAGGAAAUGACGAGAUUCGCUGGACAAGAUUUUAAGAGCAGAGGUUUAGAACCUAUGGGUGCAAUCGGACAGAACUGAGUUUUAUCUGAUAGCAGAUUCGUGCGAAAUUGGCAUUUAGCAAUGACUUUCCUUGGAGUACUCUCUGGCCCUAAGAUGGGAUACGGGCUGGGAAUCAAAGAGAAUGGGGAGAAAGCGAAGUAUCCGGCUCACAGGUUUCGCUCGCGGUGUAUCUUUAUUUUACUCACUAUCGUCUUCUGGUGGGCGCUGUUGAUGGUGCAUUUCUCCUUCCAUUAUCGCUCCUCCCCAGUGCAGUCAUCCAUUGGAGACGUCAUGAUUUCCGUGCAGACUCAGGACUCCAUGUCGAAGUCACUCUCAAGGGGGCUUUCAACCGACUCAACUUAUGACUCUAGCGCCGGUGAUUCUUCUGAAACAGAAAAAAUGGUUCAGAAAAAAUGGCUCAAAGAUGGAGAUGUACAUCACGUCAACGAAAGACCGGACAUGGAAAUCAUGAAUGAUCAAGUAGAUGUUGACGACGACACGCCUCUCGAGAUCAAGUCAGUGGAAUCCCAUUUUGACGAAGGAGAUCCCACGAUGGAGCAACCCAUUCCUGGUUGCGAAGGUCGGUAUGUCUACGUGUAUGAGAUGGACCCAUACUUCAACGAGGAUAUGGUUGAACAUUGCGACAAACUUAACAUUUGGAACAACUGGUGUCCAAGUGUGUCCAACGAAGGUCUGGGUCCUCCAAUGGUGAAUACGGAUAAUGUGUUCUCUGACUCAGACUGGUACGAAACGAACCAGUUCAUGCUGGAACGGAUUUUUCACAACAGAUUGAAGAGAUACAAGUGCUUGACGAAGGACUCCAGUCGAGCCGCUGCGGUUUUUGUGCCAUUCUACGCCGGUUUUGAAAUUUCCACCAAAUUGUGGAGGGCUAAUAUUAGUGAGCGGGACGCUGCUCCAGCAAGGUUGUAUAGCUGGCUCGCCGAGCAGCCCGAGUGGAAGAGGUACAAUGGAAGAGAUCAUUUCAUGGUUGGGGGACGAAUCACUUGGGACUUUCGGAGGAGGACAGACGACGAAUCUGAUUGGGGGAACAAGCUCUUUGUUCUCUCCGCCGCACUAAACAUGACCAUGUUAAGUAUAGAGGCAAGUCCUUGGCAUCAGAACGAUGUUGGUAUUCCGUAUCCUACAUACUUCCAUCCCUCUUCCAAGCGCUCCAUUGAGACAUGGCAAGAUAGGGUACGUGCCAUGGACAGGCCGUCCCUUUUCUCGUUCGUUGGAGCACCGAGGCCCGGACUCAGUCAUUCGAUUCGGGGAGUGAUCAAGGACCAAUGUAUCAAAUCAAAGCAGUGCAGGUUGCUAGACUGCAAGGGAACACUGUGUCAAAGACCGCAUAAGGUGAUGGAGAUAUUUGAGCACUCGGUUUUCUGUCUGCAGCCGGCGGGAGACUCUUACACCCGGCGCUCUACCUUCGACGCCAUGCUUGCAGGGUGCAUCCCCGUGUUUUUCCACGAGUAUUCCGCGUACACCCAGUACCAGUGGCAUCUUCCUUCCAACCACACUUCCUACUCUGUGUUGAUUGAUGAAGGCUCCAUCAAGAACGAGACGGUUCGCAUUGAAGAAGUGCUGCUUAAAUUCACGUCGAAUCAGAUCGUCAGCAUGAGAGAAACCGUCAUCCAAACAAUACCUAGGAUCGUCUAUGCAGAUCCACGAGCAAGUUCUAUUCCCGACGUUGAAGACGCCUUCGACAUUGCAAUUCAGGGCGUGAUUGACAGAAUUACACUGGGGAAGGAAGUAACGCGCACCAAUAGUGAAGCGAUUUCAAAUUCUGAGCUGGACUUCCAGUCCAAGUCCCAACAAGGACAAUCGCUACAUGAACAAGCCGCUCACAAGUAGAAAGCGUUUAAGAAGAAUGAACACGAAACUGGGUUAGCUGCUGCAGAGAGAAUGACGAUGUUGGCAACAUGACAGCCAUUGUCUCAAGAGUAAUGCUUUCGUGUACCCGUGUUGUUUAGUUUAGCUUUAGUACGAAGCGAUUUGUUCUACGAAACGACGAUAGAGAGAUAGCCGGUAUGAGCAGAUCGCAUCUGGAGCCAGUCUCUGCUUCGAAGUUAACUGUAGGAACAUAUUUUCAAACCAUUCAUGUGCAGGAUCUUCCCGACUCCGGAAUUUGCAUUUUUUCAACCCUGAUCCUACUCAAUGUAAUAUACUUAUGAUGCUGAGGCACAAAUUGCCAUUGACACCUAAACUAUGGUGGAGGUGAAUGCCAGAUAAAGCUACGAAGUCAUUAAACAAAA